GGAAUUCCACUGAACAACAGCCAUCUUGUUGCGGUAUCAACAACAACACCAAAUUUAGCCACACAAUUGACCUUCCAGCUACCACCAGUACUAUUAUAGUAGCCUAGACACAGUGGCGUGUGUCGAGUCUCUUCAGUGUUCUAGGUAGCCUUGCACAGGGUUAUUUUAAAACACAUCUGCUCUACAGACACCUCCAUCAUGACGUACCAACUGUACCGUAACACCACGCUGGGCAACACACUCCAGGAGAGCCUCGACGAACUCAUACAGUUCCAGCAAAUUUCACCAAACCUCGCUCUUCGUGUGCUCUUGCAGUUUGACCGUGCAAUUAACACGGCUCUGGCAAAUAAGGUCCGCACUCGCAUCAAUUUCAAGGCUAGCAAGUUGAACACUUACCGGUUCUGUGACAAUGUAUGGACUUUCCUGAUGUCAGACGUGGAGUUUAAAGAAGUACAAGAUUUUGCCCAAGUGGAUAAGUUAAAGAUUGUGGCCUGUGAUGGACGAGAGUUGGAUGGCAAGAAGUAGAGAGGAAGAUCAAGAAGGAGGUGGAAUGGUGAGAUGAAGGACAGCCAAGAAACAAUGAGGUGUGUGAAAGGAGAGGAGGGGGAUUUUGAGAGAUGGGUGUGCUGCUGAUGGGCAAUGCUAAGUUGUGUUGAAGUAACUUGGGUAAACCAGAUACUCACAUAUACUUUGGGGCCUUAUUGUAGAAGGGGAAUGUCACAGAAGAACACAUCAUUUAUUCUGGUAAAAAGGAAUGAGUGAUGGUGCAAGAGUCUGUGAUAUACCCCUGGACUGUGUAGUGAAUGGGGCACUCCAGAUUUGUUUAUUAUACCAUUAUACUUACUUCAAAAACAGCUCAAUUUUAACCCCACUGUGUACGAUAGUCACCUCCGAGCCAAAUAAAAUCGUCUGGCAUUAACCAAAUAUAAUACUAAAAGUGGAGUCUCGCUAGUGAAGGGGUUAACCUCAUAUACACUACAGUACUGCAGCUGGUAAAGGUCUCACAAGAUAAAACAAAAAUAGAAUACACUACAUUGACAGAUCCUGAGGCCAUGGGUAAUGAUGUGGUCAUGUGUUCACAGGUCCUGGUCCUGGAGGUGCCACUAAUGACUAAGGCCACUCAAGGGAAAAUCAAAAGGUCAUUUAAAAUAAAUGCGUGAAGCAGAAACAGCAUGCAAAUAUGUUGGCCAUACAUUUGUUUUUGUGUUGAAGUGAGAAGGAAUAUUAAGAACAUAAUUAUUCGUAAUAUACAGUACGUCAUAGAAACGUAAUUACAUACUGAAACAAAUAUGAAAAGCUAAACAUAAUUUUAUGGCUCUGUUAAUUGCAUUACUUUUAGGGCUCUAUUGGUGACAUUAUAUUUGUGGUCUUAUAUAGCUUGUGAUUAUUUUAUGGCCCUAGACAGCUAAUAAUCAUUUUUGUGGUCCUGCAUGGCCUAUAAUUAUUUUAGUGGUCCAGAGCAGCUUAUACUAUUUUCAGGAUGAUAUAACAUAGAGUGUAUAAAUAAGUUAAGGCUCGCUUUAACUAUUGAGUUCAGGAUGUACACUACUCUAUUAGUUUCUAUUAGCUACAUGCAGUAUUUUGUACGGUUAUCUUUUUAAAUUUGUACUCACUCCAAAUUGUGCUGUGUGUUCUUUUUCUGCAUCUGAUAAAACACUUCAUUUAAUGUGCCUUUAAUGAUAAGUUUCUGGCCAUACAAUAAACCCCCGAUAUAACGGACACCGUCUAUAAUGAGCCUCAGCUUUAACGAACCCAUUGACCCAUUCAGACUACCUGUAGUUUCAUAUACAGUAUUAUGAACUUGGGUCUGUUAAAGAAAAUAUAACAGACUCGGGGUCCAUUAUGGUAAAAAAAAAACUUACGGACUCAAAUACUUGAAUUGCCGAAAAAUCCAAAUUAACAAAUUUUAUAAUAUUUUGACAUUACAGUAUUUGAUAAUUUUAAAAUGUUUGUAUUUGAUUAUUCGUUUGUUUUCUGGUCAGUUUCUUGAGAUUGUUCCAACUAAUCAACGUACUCUGUUACUAUGCCUUGGCUACCACAUAAAAUAAUCUACUUGUAAUUACACUAUAUCCUCGUUAAUUCAACAAAAACAGGGUUCUGAGUCACUAGAAUUACCCCCAAAAACCCAGUGUUUGAGAGAUGGCAAGUGCUGGCAACAUUCUUCGGGAGGAACAAUCAACAGUGUACCACUAUAAACAAGAGACUGGGUAUGUACCACAGUGCAACAGCUCAUCGGGGAUUAAGUGGGAUUUGGGGGAAAAUUAAUAAUUUUUUGAUUAUGUUUUAUUAACCAACCACCAAAUGAACCCAAAUAAAAUGGGAAUUAUAGUGAAAUUGCAUGAUGUCGUUAUAAAGGGAUCGCCAAUGAGGUGAGGUCUAAACAGCAUACCCUCCCUCCUCUGCCACCCCUCACCAGCCAGCAGUUACGCACCCUAACGUAGUUUUGUAUCUUAAUAUACAGGUAAUUCAUAUUUCAUUCCUAUACUGUAAUUACAGGUAAUUCAUCUUAAUCUAUUUCAUAAUAUAUUCCUAUAAUAAUAAUAAUAUAGAUUAUUGCGUAUUGCAUGAGUUGACUCGAUAAAUACCUGUCGUGUUCUCUGAUAAUAUUCCCUUUAGUACAUUUUGUAUAAAACAAAACAUGUUGAACCACUGUGGAAAAUGUAUGAUAAUUUAACUCAGUAAAUCUAUCCAUCUAAACUCAUAUUAGUAAGUUUACAGCAUUAAAAGUACUGUACUGUACUGUACUGUAUGUUUUUCCAAGAUUUGACCUUCAGUUUGUGAGUAUGACUACCUUACAUUCCAUGCACUGCUGUCGCCCUAACAGCCACACGUAUCAUUUUAAUCUAUUGAGUUUUUAACCUCACUAUUUUAUUGAGUUAUUUGGUAGAUAUAAGAACUUUACUAUAAAAUAACUUAAAUAGAAUAUUAUAAAAAAAAAUGUGGCAACUCUGCAGUGGGCGGCUGGCCAGCCACAUGGACUGUGUGUGAUUGGAGAAAUUUACUUGGCUUAUACAUAAAUAUUUAUGGCACUUGAUGCAGCUACUGAAUUUGGGUAUUUUAAAACAUACCAAAUGUAUCAAGUGCCAUAAAUAUUUGUAAGCAGGGUGAUUGUGCAUACGCAACCCAGCCACACAGCUCAUGAACUUAGCCAGGCAAGACCUCUGACAGACAGACAUUUAUUGAGAUAUAUGCCUGAAGGUGUUAUUAUCGUUAGCUCGUUAUAUAAGCAACUGUGCUUAACUGUGCAAGUGAACCUUCCCUCUGUCACGGUAAAAUGAUCAUAGUCACUUCGAUCUAUGUUGGUAUAUAACGACCGUGUCCAUCAUUAUUACAGAUCCAAAUAUAUAACAAACUUUUGGCUUUAACGGACCAACCUUCUCCCCAAUCAGUCUGUUACAUCGGGGGUUUACUGUAUUACGGUUGGUUAGAGAAAUGGGAUAUUUAUUAGGAAUGCUGUAACUUUUGGUGAACCUUUUACAUACAGGGUAAGAAUAUUGGUAGAUGUUCGAUUGAGUUAAUGGGUCUAAGUAGACACUCGAAUCAUCUUGAUGGAAGGUAGUUUAAGUCUUAGUAAAUGUACAAGGUGACGAGAUCAUAUUGAUGGAAAAAAUUCAGAGCCGGGUCAUACCUACUGUAAGUGUAUUGAGAACAUAAACUAGUGAUUGUAAGAUCAUCUGGUUAAAGGUUUGACCUGGGAACUAUUAUGUUGUUUGGAUAAGAUGUUGCUAACAUCAUUUAUUACAUGGUUUCUUGAGCAACUGGUUUUGAUAUAUAAAAAAUGUGUAAUUUUUUUCAGCUUUUCCAGAAUGGUGGUGAUAUUUGGCACAAAUAAUCAUGUUUUGGCAUAUCAAGUAUGUUAAAAGGUCACAGAAAAAUCAUUGUAACAAUGGUUUGAGCUUAGUGGCCGACAUUUGGAGGAAAACAUAUACAGUGUACUCAACUUGUAUAUAUUAUUAAUCUUGAACAAGUAUGAAUGGUCAUUUAAGAGAAAAACUGGAUCAGCCAAGAGAGUGUUAAAACUGCCUUAAGGACCAUAUACUCAUUGAAUUCUAAUGUGAUUGUUGGAGUGAUGCAUUUACUGUAUAUUAUGUUGAAGGGACUAUGUAUUAGUAACCUUAGUAGUACUUUCCAUACUUGAUGGAUUUGAAUAGGAAAAACUGACAUACAAGUUUUCUCUCAACAGUGGUCUUGAAUACUUGUAUUUUUUAAUGCAUCCAAGAAAGUUCCUGUCCACUACAAAUUAGAUUGGAACAGUUACAAGUUAUAUAUGGACAUUAACCUAACCAUCUCUAGGAUAGGUUAGGUAGGAGCCCAGUUGACUAAUUUCUGAUUGGAAUUAUUGUCUGGUGGUAAGGAAACUGCUAGGUAAUAUUUGUCACAUCAUAGGAACCACUAAGAAUUUCAACCAUUGUUUUAUAUAAUAAGUUGACUUGAUGUAUUUAUUGUUUGAUAAAUGAAAGAUCUUCAAGGAAGUCAAA